AUGUUUAAAAACACGUUCCAGUCGGGAUUCCUGUCGAUACUGUACAGCAUAGGUAGCAAACCACUUCAGAUUUGGGAUAAAAAGGUUCGCAAUGGACACAUCAAGCGCAUCACCGACCAGGACAUCCAAUCGUUGGUGCUGGAAAUCAUCGGCACGAACGUUAGCACCACGUACAUAACGUGUCCGGCCGAUCCGAAAAAGACGCUUGGCAUUAAACUUCCUUUCCUGGUGAUGAUUAUCAAAAAUCUGAAGAAAUAUUUCACCUUUGAGGUGCAGGUGCUGGAUGAUAAAAAUGUCCGUCGUCGGUUUCGGGCCAGCAACUACCAGUCGACGACCCGCGUUAAACCCUUCAUCUGUACCAUGCCGAUGCGGUUGGACGAGGGCUGGAAUCAGAUCCAGUUCAAUCUGUCCGACUUUACGCGGCGUGCGUACGGGACCAACUACGUGGAAACGUUGCGCGUACAAAUCCAUGCCAACUGUCGAAUACGGCGCGUAUACUUCUCCGAUCGACUCUACUCCGAGGACGAACUACCGGCAGAGUUUAAACUGUUCCUGCCCAUUCAAAAGCCGCAAUCGAAAGCGAUCGCACAGCAGCAGGCAUGUUAG